GAGCGCGCUUCCGGUAGCGGACCGUAAGCCUCGGCGGGAGGCUCGGAGCAGCGGCGGCGGCCGAGCGGCGGGCGACCGGGGCGGGCGACGGGGGCCGCGGCCCGAGCGGAGCCGGGGCCAUGGAGCUGCCGCUACCGGGCUAAGCAGGUCCAGCCCGCCGGUCCCGCGGCGAUGUCGGGCUACCCGCGCUGCCCGGGCGCCACCCCGCUAUCCCGAGCCCGGAGCCUCGUCAUUCCCGACGAUGACAAACUUGAAGAUCUUGAAGAGGCAAAUCCAUUUUCCUUCAAAGAAUUUCUGAAAACCAAGAACCUCAGCUUGUCCAAAGAAGAUGUAACCAACAGAAUUUAUUCAAAGGAAGCGGCGAGGCACUCAGUGAGACUCGACCACAACUCUCCAACCAACCAGCCCGUGGGGUAUGGCCUGGAAUAUCAGCAGCCAUUUUUCGAAGACCCAACAGGAGCUGGCGACCUCCUAGAUGAGGAGGAAGAUGAGGAUGACGGGUGGACUGGGUCCUAUCUGCCAUCUGCCAUGGAGCAGACGCACUCUGCAAGGGUUACUGCCAGCACAUCACCCUGUGGCACGUACCUGUCAUUUUUUUCCACUCCGUCGGAGCUGACGGGGCCCAAGUCUCUGCCCUCAUGGACACUGAGUGACACGGACUCUCGUGUGUCUCCGGGAUCCCCAACGGGGAGUCCUGGCACAGACUUUGCAGCUCAUGGAGAGUCUCUGGGAGACCGGCACCUACGGACGCUGCAGAUAAGUUAUGAGGCAGUAAGUGAGGGGCUCGAGUUGGUGCCUGGCACAAAGCACCAGUCUGAGCAGGGCUAUCCUAGAGGGAGCCUGGAGCCGUCCUGCUUGCCAGAAUUUGGUGCCAAAGACAAGACAGUUUUUGGUGUAGCAGCCUGCUUUAUGAUGUUCCUUUCUCUUUGGUUAUGUAUGUGAAUAUAACCGAUAAAAAAGUACUGUGCUGGAAAUUUUUAAAGAAAUUAUAGUCACCUAAAAGAAAGUUACAAGUUAUGAGUAAAAUUGGAGUCUGUGACCACCAGUCUUUAAAAAGUGGGCAUCUUUCUUCAUCCACUGCAGGUUGACUCUCUACUGACCUGGAUAUUUCUGUGUAUCAAGAAGUUCUACAGUCAAAUUGCAGAAUAUGUGCCCCUUUUGUGUGAGACAUACUGAGUUUCUAAUAAGGAUUUUCUUUUUCUACAGUUAAAAGAUGAAAAUUCUAAGCUAAGAAGAAAGCUGAAUGAGGUUCAGAGCUUCUCUGAAACUCAAACAGAAAUGUAUGUAAACUUUUAGUUAGGAAUGCAGAACCUUUCCUAAAACUCAAGGAAGUCAGUCUUUA